AUGACCUACGACUUCACCACCGCUGGGGGAGAAGCCGUACUGUUGGAACAGCUUGUGUUUGAUAACAGCGACCGUUAUUCAUAUCCCGUUGUGUCCUCGGCCGCCCCAUCUCAAGAUCUCUCCUCGACCGCCCUGACCACCAUGCCGCAAGCGAGCCGUCAGAGCCUGAGCCCGGUGACGAACUGGCUGCCCCUCGAGCUGGCUGGCACCGUGAGCGCGCCCAUGUCGAUCCACUCCCCUAACUCGGGCAGCGGGACGCCCUCAUCCCCAGAAGACCUGAGCGCCCGUUCACCAGGGCACCAGAGCAGCACUAUGUCGAGCCCGCUCCAACAACAGCCGUCCCCUUAUCAGACGACCGCUCACCCUCAUCCCACGGGCCUCAUGCCGGACUGGUCCAUUCCUUUGCAGGCCCAGCAGCAGCGGGCUGCUGAUCUCUCUCAUUUCAUCCAGGACCCUAGUCUGAUGAACUUCAACCCCUAUGCGUCCAACUUCCAGCCGUCCCCGAUCGAGUAUCUUCCGGCGACCACACAAGCUACUCUCGAAGCCGGUCUCCAACUAGAACCAGCAUUUAUGCCGCCAAUCGAUCCCUCAUCUCGGGUGAUGCAAUGGGGGCCGAACUGGCAGGAUUUCGAUCAGUCACUCAACUUCCAGCAUGACGGCCUUCCCCGCGUGAGGAGUCUUGGGAGCCAUUCCCCGACAGGCACUUUCGAGGUCCUGUCGUUGGGCUCGAGUAGCGACAAUGGCUGGACGCCAGUGGAAAUGUAUCCCAACUGUGACACAUUUACUCAACCCCAACAUUCCCAGAGCCAGGCGAUUUUCAACCCGAGCCAAACACUGCAUUUGAGGACGAAUUCGGAUUCCUCGACGUCCGACGCUAACUCGCUCGAGUUCGGCUACGAAGAGGUUACUUUCCCCUACUUUCCCACCUCACCAUCCUCCGACGGGUUCGUGGACCUCUCGAAUAGCCACCGUAACUGCUUGCAUGGAGAGCACCACCCUCAUGCGUCGACAUCUCCGGAACUCAUCAGCCCCACUACGGCUGUCGCGCCCUUGCCCAUCAAGGCUGUGACGCCCACUCGGCCCGUGGUUGCCAACGGUUCCAGCGGUUCUGGGUCCACAUCACCCCCGACAAGGCGGAAUUCGGGGACGAGAAAGAGCCCGAUCGCCAAGGCCACAAAGUCGGUCAUUCGGAGGACAUCGACGGGGAAGAAGGAUGGCACUGGCGAGAAGAAGGUGGGCCGGAGGCGCGGGCCGUUGCUCCCCGAGCAGCGCAAGCAGGCUAGCGAGAUCCGGAAACUCAGGGCGUGUCUCCGAUGCAAAUUCCUCAAGAAGACGUGCGACAAGGGCGAGCCUUGUGCUGGUUGCCAGCCUUCGCACGCUCGUUUGUGGCAGGUCCCUUGCACUCGUAUCGAUAUCAAGGACAUCGGCUAUUUCAUGAAGGAUUGGAAGGCCGAUUACGAGCGCCAUCUCGGCCUCGGCAUGUCUGUGUUCAACGUGAAGGGUUUUGCGCAGAAGGAGACGCUGAUGUGGAUCACGCACGGCUAUGGUUUCUGUCUCCCGGUCCUGGUCCGCGAGGUGUACGUGGCGGACGAGAGCUGCUUCCAGGUCGACUGGGUUGAGUCGACUCUGCAAGACCAAGAUCCCAUCGAUUACGAGAUCCGCACCGAGCGCCUCGAUGUUGGCCAGGAAGGCAUCUCGAUGGAGGCCCUCCACGAGUAUCUCGACAAGCACAUCGACGAGGGCUUUGAGAACUUCAUCGACGACCAUUUCGAGGGUACUCCUUUCAUCACCGAGAUUUUCAAGACCGCCUAUCGGUUUUACACGAAGGAGAGGCUUCCCGUUAUCCGCAAGGCUCUCAAGCUCGUGGUCGCCUACAAUCUCACCCUACACAUCACCAUGGUUGAGCAACCGCAGACAGAAGAGCCGAUGGAGGGCCAGAUCGACGACGAAGACUCCAAGUAUUACGGCAAGGUCGUUGCUCCUGUCAUGAUCAACUUCCAGAUCAAGUGCGCCAUGGCCGACAUGUGGCGUGAGCUGCAAAAGGAUAUCCUCGAGGAGCUUUCGGCUCUCUACUCGAGUGUCUACAGCGGAGAGCGGCUGAAGAACUGGCCCACCAUCUUCAUGCUGGCUUCCAUUCUGCUGGCGGUCUGGGAAGAGAUCCAGUUCGACUGCCACUACCGUGUGCCCGACCCGGUCGCCGUCGACAAGUUCUGCAGCGACAUGGAGACCGUUCCGGUGGGCGUCAUCGUUGGCCUGUUCCACGCCAUCUCCCAGAAACUGCCCGCCUUCACCGAGUGGGAUACCCGGAGGCACGGCCAACUGCUUAACAACAACCCCGCCGUCUGCGAGGCCAUGACCGAAGUACGGCAGCACGUUAUUAAGCAUGAGGCAUACCUGAGGACGCGUUCCGAAUCCAAGUUUGACCGCUACGACUUCGACUCGUUAUCAAACAAGCUGCUCUCGAAGCUUGUCAUCCGGUCCAACUAA